AUGAAUACAAGUGCAUAUAGAAUCGAGAAAACAGAUAGAUUAAUCAAUGGAAAGAAUGUUUUGAAAUUUAGAUGUAAUCGAACUAAUUUUCAUGAUAAACUAAUAGUUUUAGUUCAUAAUCAUUUGAAAGAUAAAGAUAAUGAACAACACACAAAUAUCAUAUUAAUCGGAAAUUUUAAAAAGAAUGAUGAAAUAGUAGUACCAGAUACAGUCGAUACUCAAUAUCAAUUAAUUAUCAUAACAUUAUUAAUAAUAUCAGAUUACAAACCAAUAUGCACUUUGGUAUUAAACAAAUCAGAAUCAUACACAAUCAAUAUUCAAAAAAGUCAAUUCACACACACAUUUGACUAUUUCAAACAAACACACAUCAUUAAUAACAAACGAUAUCAUUUAAUAUCAAGAUUUCCAAACAGUAAUAAUAUCAAUGAUGUAUAUUUAGUGUGUGAUACUGAUGAUAAUAGUGCUUUUUAUAAAGGUUUCAUAAACUAUAAAGAUAAUCAGAAAUCUUGUGAAAGAGCUGAGAAUGAAAUCAAGGCAAUGAUUUUACUCAAAGGUAAAUUUGUUCAACUUUUUGAUUAUCAUCAUGAUAUAGACAAUCAAAUCUUUCAUAUCAUCACUAAAUAUUGUGAAGGUGGUGAUCUUUCUCAAAAGUUUAAACGUUUAACUGAUCUAAAUCUAUAUGAAUAUAUUACAAUUAACCACAUUUAUAUUGAACAUAAAAAUAGAAUCUUUAAAGAAUCAGAAAUUAUUAAUUAUAUUUCACAACUUUUCAAUAUUCUUUUGGAACUUGAUAAACAUGGAAUUGUUCAUUGUGAUAUCAAACCAUCAAACAUAUUCAUUGAUGUAUAUGGUACUUUGAUUCUUGGUGAUUUUGGAUGUUGUAAAUUCAUUGAUCAAUCAACAAUCAUUGAAGAUCAAGAUUCAAAAGUAUUUUUUGAGCCAUCUGUUGCCAUAACAAGUGUUUCAAAUUCGAAAGAAAUAACAGAUCCAACUAUUUUUGAUAUGAAUUCAAACACUUAUAAAUGCAACUCGUGGAACAAUCGGUUAUAUUUCACCAGUAUUCAUCAAGAUGAUCGAAAUAAUCAUCAACUAUUCCAAUCAACUGGUGAAAUUAAGAUUUCAGAAUACAGAUAUUCAAAACAAUUGAUUGAAUUUAUUCAUCGAUUGUUGGAUCAGAGUCCAAAGAAUAGAGAAUCAUUGAAUCAAUUAUUAAACCAAUAUGGGAAACCAUCACCAAUCAACAUUUAA